AGCCUCCCUUGCAAGAGGGUUAAUAAUUAAGGCCGUUCCCCUGGGAAAGUAUUUUCCGUGCAGGGGCCUGGGGGAAUUUUUUGGUUAAGACCCGAUACUUGACGUCGUGCAAUGCCUCGUUCGGUGGAAAAAGCUUUGCGUAGAACCCAAAUUCCGCUCAGGGGAUUCAGGGUUGGCAGGAUUCUACCAAGACAGCUUUUUCUAGAUAUAGCGAUGCCUUAAAUCCAGCGUUACACGCUUCUGCUGCCUGAUACCAGUUAAUUGCUAGAGAAUCACUACUGUGUUGAAGGAAUCGAGAAAGCCUUGGCGGAAUUCAUGGCUGCCCUGCAGUGUUCAGAAUUAUAAAAGAGAGAAAAGACAAUUAGUUGUUUGUUCACAGCAAAUUAUGGGAGCUCCUUGGUCCAAGUUAAUAACAUCUCUGUAUAUUAUGAAGCUCAUGUGCACGUCUAGAUUAUGAAUGCUUUCUAAAGACAUGGAUUGAUCAUCAUUCAUGAUUUUUUUCUCCUUUUUAUGGGACUUUAUGCCUUUUUAUGGGACUUUUUUCCCUGAUGAAGAAGUCUUGGACAAAUAAAUGAUUUUCUAACUUGCUGCUAUGAGGAAACCUCGGAGGAGGUCCCGGCAGACUUUAGAGGGAAGACGCUCUCCUUCACCGUACAGUUUGAAAUGCUCACCCACUCGAGAGACCCUGACAUACGCCCAGGCCCAGCGAAUAGUGGAAGUCGAUAUUGAUGGCCGUCUCCAUCGCAUCAGCAUUUAUGAUCCUCUAAAGAUCAUCACCGAGGAUGAGCUAACCGCCCAGGACAUCACAGAAUGCAAUAGUAACAAAGAAAACAGUGAACAACCCCUUUUCCCUUCAAAAACCAAGAAAAAUCAGUGCAAAGGUAAAAAAAAAGAGACGUGCACCAAACAUGCUUCAGGAGCAUCUUUUCAUCUGCCACAGCCCAGCUUUCGCAUGAUUGACUCUUUCAGCCAGCUGGAUGCACCACCUUUGCCUUCAGCUUACUAUCAGUAUGUUGAGAAACCACUCGAGGAUGUUGAUGCCGAAGUGGAGUAUGAUUUGGAUGAAGAGGAUUUGGCCUGGCUUGACAUGAUCAAUGACAAAAGGAAGAGUGAUGGGUAUGGGUCAAUUUCUCCAGAGACGUUUGAAUUGCUACUGGAUCGUCUGGAGAAAGAGUCGUAUUUGGAGAGUCGUAAUAACGGAGCCCAGCAGACCAUGAUAGAUGAGGAUGCUGUCUGUUGUGUUUGCAUGGAUGAUGAAUGUCAUAACAGCAAUGUCAUUUUAUUUUGUGACAUUUGCAACUUGGCUGUGCACCAGGAGUGUUAUGGAGUUCCCUACAUCCCUGAGGGACAAUGGCUUUGUCGCUGCUGUUUACAAUCCCCUUCCCACCCUGUUGAUUGUGUCUUGUGUCCAAACAAAGGUGGAGCAUUCAAACAGACCAGUGAUGGUCACUGGGCUCACGUUGUUUGUGCCAUCUGGAUCCCAGAAAUCUGUUUUGCAAACACUGUGUUUCUGGAACCCAUUGAGGGAAUAGAAAAUAUUCCGCCUGCCCGCUGGAAACUAACUUGCUACAUCUGCAAGCAGAAGGGCAUGGGAGCAGCUAUCCAGUGUCACAAAAUGAACUGCUACACUGCUUUCCAUGUUACCUGUGCCCAGAGAGCUGGUCUCUUCAUGAAGAUUGAGCCCAUGAGGGAGACCAGUCUCAAUGGCACGACAUUUACUGUGCGCAAAACUGCUUACUGUGAGGCACAUUCCCCUCCUGGCACUGUGAAAAAAAGACGUGCAACUACUGCUCAUGAAGGAGAUGAGGACAUUGUAAAGAAUGUGACAAUGGAGAGAGCCAGUCCCAAAAAUAAAAGCAAAGUAAAUUGGAAGCAGAAGGUGAAAAAGGAAAGCAGUGCUUCUGCACCUCUGCUAAUGAUCACACAGAUCCCUUCUUACCGGCUGAAUAAAAUCUGCAGUGGACUCAACUUCCAGAGAAAGAAUCAGUUCAUGCAGAGGCUGCACAAUUAUUGGUUAUUGAAACGUCAAUCAAGAAAUGGUGUACCAUUGAUACGGAGGCUACACUCUCACUUACAGUCCCAAAGAAAUGCAGAACUGAAGGAGCAGGAUCAAAAGACUAGUGCAGUAAAAGAAGAGCUUAAAUAUUGGCAGAAACUUCGACAUGAUCUAGAAAGAGCACGGCUGCUCAUUGAAUUAAUUCGUAAACGUGAGAAACUCAAACGUGAACAGGUAAAGGUUCAGCAAGCUGCUAUGGAGUUACAGCUCACACCAUUCAAUGUUCUUAUGCGCACAACACUGGAUUUAUUGCAGGAAAAGGAUCCAGCCCAGAUCUUUGCAGAUCCCGUAAACCUGAGUGAGGUUCCAGAUUACUUGGAAUUCAUUUCUAAGCCAAUGGAUUUUUCUACCAUGAGGAAGAAGCUGGAGUCCCACCAGUACCAAACACUGGAUGAAUUUGAAGAAGAUUUUAACCUUAUCCUUGCCAAUUGCAUGAGGUAUAAUUCUAAAGACACCAUUUUCCAUCGAGCAGCUGUCCGGCUCAGAGACCUUGGAGGUGCAAUAUUACGCCAUGCACGACGGCAAGCUGAGAAUAUUGGCUUUGACCCCCAAGUGGGGAUUCAUUUGCCUGAAUCUCCAAAGACAGAAGAUUUUUAUCGUUUUUCUUGGGAGGAUGUUGACAAUAUUCUUGUUGCUGAGAACCGAGCUCAUCUUUCCUUGGAAGUACAACUGAAGGAACUACUGGAAAAGCUGGACAUAGUGAGCACCAUGAGGUCAAGCGGUGCCCGAACUCGUCGCGUUCGACUUUUGAGACGGGAAAUCAACUCCGUCAGGCAAAAGCUGGCUCAGCAGCAGAAUAAAGCCAUGCCAAAUGGAGAAUCCGCCGCAUGGGAAGAAGGUCUGGAAAAAAUGCUGCAGAGUGAUGAAGAUAGGGAAAAAGCAGAUGACACCAAGCCCCCACUUCCCCCUACCCUGGAGCCCACAGGACCUGCACCCUCCCUAUCGGAGCUGGACUCUCUGCAGGACCCUCCAACUCUCAAACCCAUUAGCGAAAGCAAGUCCUUGAACAGACUGCAUAAACGGCUGAAGUCUGAGGGCGAGCUCUUUGAUAAGAAGACGCUGCAGAGGGAGAGCCACCACGCCUUCCACCGCUUGCUCAGCGACAACGGCCUGAAUGGAUUGGCCCUUCAGGCUACGGGCACGUCUGCCAGCCCCCCGUUUAGUGGAGUGGGCAGGCGGACUUCUGUCCUUUUUAAAAAAGCCAAGAACGGGGUGAAACUACCAAGAGAUCUGGACUGUCCCCUUGAGAAUGGAGAGGACCACAGCCAAAGUGGGCAGCUCUCCCCCUCCAGCAUAGAGGGUGAGCAGCCAUCUCGGAAACAGCCACAGAAUGGGAGCUACAGCAAGAGCGAUGACGAGAAAUCCCCCAGGCAGGCAGGAGUGACAGCACCUGUGACUAAUGGCUUCAGGAAGCAUAUAGAAAGUGGGUCUGAUUCAGAAUGUAGCUCUGGACGGGGCAGCGGUGUUUCAUUUGAUAUUUGCAGUAGUCCGCCACCACACAAACGUAGCCGAGGGAAGCCUGCUCUUAUACGGGUCCCUUUUCUGGAUGGUGUAAAUAAAGAUUUGGCAUACAGCAACUCAGGAAGAAAUUUGCUGAUGUCAUAUGAGGAACACACUGAUCUAGAACCUCUGGAACUUGUGUGGGCAAAAUGUCGUGGCUAUCCUUCUUAUCCAGCCCUGAUCAUUGAUCCUGAGAUGCCACAAGAGGGCCUCCUUCACAAUGGAGUCCCAAUCCCUGUCCCCCCUCUGGAAGUGUUAAAAUUAGGUGAGCAGAAGCAAGCGGAGGCUGGAGAAAAACUUUUCCUUGUCCUUUUCUUUGACAACAAGAGGACAUGGCAGUGGCUUCCACAAGAAAAAGUUCUUCCUCUGGGAGUAGAUGACACUGUGGAUAAACUCAAGAUGCUGGAAGGACGGAAAACCAGCAUCCGCAAGUCUGUCCAGGUUGCAUAUGAUCGUGCAAUGAUUCAUAUGAGCCGUGUUCGGGGAGACCAUCCUUUCGUCACACCCAAUUAUCUGUGAGGAAAUUUGCUCUACCCAUCCUGUAGGAAGUAACGUUUGCAUCUACAGGCAAAGUUGAUCAACUAUGAAGUGAGGACUAUGGGAUUUUCUUGCCUACAAGAAGAUAUAAUUGCCACAUUUGCAUUUUGAGUAGAGACGCGGUAUUUCCAACAGUAGGAAAAGUUCAUGUUACAUACUUGAUAUGUGCCAAAAAGUCUGCCUGGUUUCUUUCUGAACAUGUUUCCCAAAGAAUCCAGGAGGGAAAGAAGUGAUGUAGCAGUGUGAUCUAGUAAGAUGAUGUCGGGAACAGUUACACUAUAAUGCUGCAACCCUGGCAGAAUCUUAAGAUAAUUUGCUGAUUGGACAAGAAGCCCUACCAGACUCUUGAGUUUUUAAACUUCAGCUAGGCCUGAAGCAGCUGUGGAGCUUAUUGCUUCUGUUAUGAAUUGAGGGUCUUUUUGAUGACUCUUGUGUGCCAAAUGUUCACUAAUAUUCACCAUAUAUUUUCAAGUUAUUUUUGAAAAACACUGGUCCCCAUCCCCUGUGUAGAACUCUCUAAAUUUGUAUAUGUUUUUAUGUUAGAGAUUACAAUGAAAAAGAAAGAAAGAUAGAAUAUUUGGGGGGGUAAUGCCCCUUUCCUGAUUUUGCCUCAUGCUCACAUUCACAGAGCUUUAAAUAUGAAGAAACCUCUUGGGAGAUAUUUUCUGUGAUUUUUACAUUUCAAUUUCAGAUUCGUAUACUUCUGAAAAUUGAUACAGUAAUAUUUUAAAUGUUAUUUUACAAAUACUUAUGCUGCUAGAAUGUUGUUGCUAGAUAUGAAGGUUUAUUGUGAAAUGAGGAAAAAGCAAUCUUUAUGGUAUCGAAAAAAUUUCCCCCAUUCAUGAACAAUGCCACUGAAGCCCUGUCUCACUUGUCAGGUCUGUUCUUCAGAAAAUCACAGCAUCCUGUCCAUUCUGUAGGAUUUCUAGACAUGGAAGCAGCCUCUUGUUUAUUUACAAGGGAACAUGCAUUAACAAAUCUCUUCCUCAUAUGCAUCACCCUAUUUAGGUUUGGGCCAUUAAGCAUCAUAUUGCACAUUUAGAGCUUUCCCCAGCUUUCAGUAGUAAGUAUCUGCUUAUAUAGAGUGCCAUAUGUACUUUGACAUAUGCGGCUCUGGGCUAGGGCAAUCAUAUAAAGUCAUGAUUCCUCUUUACCUGAAGAAAUGAGAAUUAAAUUGGAAUGUGUCAUCUUAUUCACCGGAAUUCCCUACAGUCACUCUUGGCCACCCCAUAAACGCUUCAGCAUUUGCUUUUAUGCUCUCUGAGCUUCCGUUAUUGGGAUCUGUUAAAAAUAGAGCACAACUCCUUGGAGAAACCUUUUUUUUUCAACUUGCAUAUGCUACAAAAAGAGGAAGAGCUGAACCUUGCAAGUUGACAGUGCAUUUCAUAGGUAACAUUUGAUUUUGUGAAGGUUUUUUUUCUUUCUUUAAGAAUUUCAAACCAAAGGUACAGAGCAAGAUUGUAAUUUGAAAAACAUUGUUUCCCCCCCCCCUACCCCCACCUCCUUUUUAACUUUAUUAUUGUUGUUAUUUUCUUAUUAAGAGAUAGUGGGACAAAUGUUAUUGUGGGGAAAAUCACUGCCAUUUCUAUGUGGUCUUUUUUUCAAGAACCACAUCUUAUACAUUGGGACAUAAAACCACACUAUAUGGGAAAUAUCUGUAACAUAUACAGAACAUGAAUAGGAAUCUUUUUUUAAAAAAUAGUUAAUAAUAUCUCAAGAGUGUGGUUACAGAAGGAACUUUUGUACAUAAUUGUAAACUACUGUUCUAAAUUAUUCAGGCCAAUUAUUAAUCUUUUAAGUCCUCAGUUGUGUUGCUGGGUCUUUUGUAUGCAUACAAUAUAAUUAAUUUAAAGAAACAUACAUUUUCCCAGAUUGUAGCCUGGCUGUGGACUUGUGAUUUAUGUUUAACUGUUUUAAGAUCUUGCAUUUAAUUUCUUCCAUUUUUUUUAAAAAAAAUUCAAUUUAAGGACUUCAAUUGGCUAAUAUCCUGCUGUUGCUAUGGGACCUAUACGUGACUUGUCAGUCUGCUGUAAAGCACAGAUGGCUCUAUUUAUUGUAGAAAGUGAGUUUAUUUGCUUUCUAGAACUGUUUAUAUCAGAUGGAAUAAGAGGUAAUAAAUUCUAUGCUUGUAAAGAAAAAUGCUAAUUUUACCUACUAUAAUCUGACUGUCUGAAACUAUAUUUUCUCUCUGAGAAAUAAAUGUUCUAAUGUAAAAUAUCUGAUUGGACUAUUUUAGCAGGGGAAAUUUCUUGCCUGAGAUAGACUUUGAAAUGACAUGAUUUGUCAAAGUAUUUAGAAGAUUUCUGAAAAGCUGCUCUUGAAAACACCAUAAGCCUUUCCUGUUUCCAGAUACAUUCUCUAGAAAACCAUGGGGUGUGGAAAAGUGACUCCAAGCACAAACAAAGCUAGUGUAACUUUAUAGAUAUGUUCAUGCACUUCCACACUAGAAUAUUUGCAUACCAAAGCAACUUUGCCAAUGAAAUAGCCAAAAAUAGGAUCAUUGAUAGUUGAGGCACAAAAAGGGCAGUUAUAUGCCAAAUUUAUAAACAUAAUGCAUAUUGAUUUCUGAAGAGGUUAAUUGAAAGAACUUAUUUUGUCCCAUGAGUAUUUUAAUUUAUCAGAAGUUAAUACACAAGGUCCCCUCACCACUCUACAUUGGACUGCUUCAAGUAGGAAUAUAUUAGGGAGGAGAGACAAGUAUCUUAUUAAAAAUCUUGGCUUAGGACUAAUCUUUAUCCUUUCUGUCCAUAUCAGAUUGGGAGAUUAUGAAAGAGCAGGCCUUUGAGCAGGAUGUUUUCACUGUUUUCUAUAUACAAACCUCCAACUACAGGAGUUUUCAGAUCUUGUAUUAUGCUGCUUGUUCUUCCAUUUCUGUUUUUCAAUCCAAAGGAAAUAUGCAUGGGCUGAGACAAAUAUAAGUGUUAAGUGAUAAAAGUAUGAGAACUUCUAGUUGCUUUAUUCCUAUUUGUACUUCAUUAAUUUAUGCAGUGAAAAACUCCAGGUCAUCCUCCUCGUGGUGGAUUAUACUAUAUGUCGAGUCUGUUAAACUUGCUGGCCUGCGGGCCUGAUGCGUCAUACACUGGCCACACCCAUGCCCGGUUUAGCAAAGGGGGGGGGGAGAAAGUUCUGAUACAUCAUGUGACACUGCCGUGGCGAUGCAAGUUUGACACUCCUGCUAUAUGUUAUAUAAAUGGUGGGACAGGGAAAUUCCAUGUUUGCAUCUUGAGUAGCUUUACAUUUUCUUUGACUCUCAGGCAUAGGAAUACGUGCCUGUGAUUGGUUUACACUGAUUAUGUUUUUAUGUUGGAAGUCAUUUUUAUUUAUUUAUUAAGGUAAUUUAUGCAACCACCCAAUUCACUCACAGUAAUUCCAAGUCUUACAAGCCCCCAAUACAACAUCCAAUAAACCCUCACCCCCCUGGCAAAAACAA